AUGUUUGCAUUUGACAGAUGGAAGCUCCAGGUGGUUUCUGCUGUGUGUGUGAUCGUUGUGACCACAUCCUAUUUUAUUCUGACGAGAGAUGUUAUCACUACACCAAAACUGAGUUCAUCUCUCCCCACGCAUCUUCCCUCAUCUGGUCCCUGCACUUGUGCUGCUGGCUCAAGGCUUCUUAAAGAACACCUCCCCAAGGAUCAAUAUGAGGAGUUGGUGCAACGGCGAACUAAGGAAUUCCAGCAGUACAAAGCCAGGACAACUUCUGUACUGUCCAAGCUGCUGUUUGCUUUGCCCAACUCUCCUCUGCAGUAUCCAAUCCAAGGUUACACAGUACAGCCCUUGUCCUCCUCUGUCAUACCAGGUUUACAGCUGCAUGCAGGAAAAAGAAGCAGCUACAAGGUGGUCUUAAAAGUCUCCAAAGGUAUCCUGACCACAGAUAUUCCACCAGCAGAGGUCACAGUCGAAGGUUCUGGUGAGAAAGAAUUGAUAAUCAAGUCCAGGAGCCUGGAGCUGCUCAAUGACGUGCUGGUCAAAGUGUCCUAUACUAGCACAGUCUACCAUAUCAACACUGGAGACCUUGUAACUUUCCAGUUUGAAAACCAUGAAGCUGUGUUCGCUAUUGCCAUCAAGCAGCCUCAUGUACCAGUCCUGUAUGACAUGGGGACAGGUAGGAAUCUAUUUUUCAAACAAGGGUAUUAA